AUGUCGCGGACCCAGCAAGAUCAGUUCAUCGACGACGAUGAAGAAGAGACAUGUCCUCUCUGCGUCGAAGAGUUUGAUCUCUCAGAUCGAGGCUUUCGCCCUUGCGUCUGUGGUUAUCAGAUCUGCCAGUUCUGCUAUCACAAUGUGCGCAACAACAUGAAUGGCCUCUGUCCUGCCUGUCGCCGCCCAUACGACGAUGCCAACAUAGAGUUCAGAAAGCCUGGUCCAGAAGAGGAAGCCCUGUGGAGAGCCAAACAAGCCGCCAAGCAAAAGAAGCAGUCUGCCGCCGCCCAAAAGGAAGCUCAGAAGCGCGAGGCCGACACUCUCUCCCGCAAGCAUCUCGCUGGCCUGCGCGUCGUGCAAAAGAACCUCGUCUAUGUGACUGGUCUGAGCCCAAGAGUGCAGGAGGAUCGACUGCUCGAGACACUCCGUGGCGAUCAGUACUUCGGUCAAUACGGCAAGAUUGUCAAGAUAGUCGUCAGUAAGGCAAAGGACAACAUCAACCCUCAGUCUGUCGGCGUGUACGUUACCUACGCUCGCAAACAAGACGCCGCCUCUUGCAUCACUGCCGUCGACGGCUCGCAAAACGGCGAUAGAGUGCUGAGAGCUCAGUUCGGCACGACCAAGUAUUGCUCGGCCUAUUUGCGCAACGAACAGUGCACCAACCGCAAUUGCAUGUUUUUGCACGAGCCCGGUGAAGAGAACGACAGCUUCACCCGUCAGGACUUGUCUUCGAUGAACGUCAUCUCGACCCAGCACCCGCAAGCCCCGUCGCAAGCCACUACACAACCUCCACCGCAAAGCCAACAACCUGUGGCCGCCGCCCACACCCUCUCGAGGCAAGACUCGCAAUACAUCCCUCCAAGCCCAAGUGUCGAGCACGACGGUCCCGCGCUGCCUUCAACUGCUAGUUGGGCCUCCAGAGCUCCUCAGAUGAGCCGUACAGCUAGCAGUCGCUCUGUCUCACUCGUCAUGCCUAAAGAACCAGUCAAGGAAAAGCCCAAGCCUGAGCCCCAGCCUCAGCCAGAACCCGAACGCGAACCAUCACCUUCCCCAGAGCCCGAAGAGCCCGCAACUCCUAGCCCACCUCCAGCUCCUGUCGCACCCGUCAAGAAGAAGAAGCCCGCUGUCGAGGAUCCUUUUACGCACAUGUUCAAGGCCUUCCAGUCUCACGAUUUCAAGUUCAAUCUAUCCGACAGGGCAUUGGAAGACAGUAGCAUCGACUUUGACAACUUCCCCUCGCUGUUCGACCCGCGUGGCGGAGCCAAGAGACGUGCAAUGAGACAACGUGAAGAGGAGGAAGACGAGGAGCGCAGACGCUUGGAAGCUGAGGCUCAAUCUCAACUCGCUCAACAACAAACAACUGUGAACAGUGUCGAGGACGAAAAUGGCCCCGAGCUUGGUGGCAGUAUGCAACUUGGAGGUGAACCGGAAGACGUUAUGGGCCGUGGUCAAUCUCCACAGCACGCCAUUGAGCCUCCUUCGCGUACAAAUUCCGUCAUCGAUGGUGGAUUCCUUACCAACGAGCUCACCAACCAGAACAACAACACUCCCAAUCUGAGCAACCUGACUGCUCAGCAACGCCAGCAGUUGCUCCUCCAACAGUUCAAGACGCCUUCGACCGCCUCAUCUCAGCCUCCCUUCCAACCACCAACUGCUGCUCCGGCCGGCCACGCUCGCAAUGUCUCACGUUACACUUUCGCCAACGACUCCAACACGGCCUCGGCUGCCGUCAAGCCUGUCGCAAACGCCAAACUCAUGAACCAACAAUCUUCCAUGAUGCCUUCCCAAUCCUCAUUCCAGCAACCUCCUCCAGGCGGUUUCUACAGCAAUGUCCAGGGCCCUCCUCCCGGUCUCAAGACCACUGGCACUCCUCCAUUCAGCGGAGGUGGCAUGUUUGGCCAGGGUCACGGUUUUGCUACUAGCGGCUUGGGUUAUGGCGCCAACCUGACCGGACGCAACCCUAACGACGAAAUGAUGAGAGAUCUCUUGAGAAGCCGCAACCUCGGUGGCGGUGCCCAAAUGUCAGAUGCCGCAAAGCAUAUCUCAGACAUUUCCUCUCUUGGUGGUGCAGCUCAUCUUUCAUCAGACCUCUUCGACGAGCCCGGACGAUCAACGCCACCAGUGCCUCCAGGUCUCGAAGGCCUUGGUCAGUCAUUGCCGUCUCUUGACCUCGACGACGAGGACGAUGUUCCCAGGCGCUCGACGCCAUCCAUCCCUCCAGGUUUCACGGCUCCCGUCAUUGCUCCUCCAAAGGAUGAUUCAGCUACCUCUCUUCCAACCUCGCGAUCUAGUUCGAGAGCAAGUCUCAGACGCGGAAACUCUCAAAUCCUCCCUGCUGUCCCAGUCCUGUCCGGAACCCCCUCGCGAGCCCCUACGCCUCUAAGGCACGAGAGCAGACCUUUCGCCAAUAUCAUUGAUGAAUUUGCUACUCCUACAAAACGCGGAAGGUCCGAAUCUCAUCUUGCCAACGUGGAGUAUGCCGAGAACAACGAUACUGCCCCAGGUGCCGAAGUCGAGACUCCAUCGAAGGCUGAACUCAAGGCAGAAAAGGCAGAGGCAAAGAGAGCAAAGAGGGCAGACAAAUUGGCCAAGAAGGAAGCCGAGAGACUGGAGAAGGCCGAGAAAGCCGCUGCCGCUGCUCAUGCUGCAGCUGAAGCUAUAGCUCAGAAGAACGCUGCCGAGAAGCUUGAGAAGGCCGCAGCACCUCAAGCAAAGGUUUCAGAGACUCAACCAGCUCCUCCAGGCGCUUCCAAGGAAGAAAAGACUCAGGCUGCGUUCAAGACAGUAGACCUCGUGAAGGAUCUGACACCCGCAGAAGCUGCUGCCGCAGCCAAGUCUGCUGCUGGUGAGACUGUUAGUAAGAAGAAGCACCCUGGAAAAAUUGACAUUACAGCUGCCGUCCUCAAGGGUGGUGAAGUCCCUACUUCAGUCACCUCGACCCCAGUCAAGGCCGAGAAUAUUCCUCGCACCUGGAAUACCAUUACUACGUCGCGCCCACAAAGCCCUAGCAUUGCUUCAGACUCGGCCAGAAAGGUCACGGCUCCGCGUACCCUGCGUCUCACAACAGCCGUGCCUCCACCUGCACCUGUUGUUGCGCCUGCAAUCCGCACACUUCCCGCCACAGCAUCGCGCUUGCCAUCAAGACAACCCAGUAUUGCCUCGAUUCAGCCACCCGGCACUCCUGGCAGUGAGCACGUCUCUGACGACAUCUCUGUCACAUCGACUUCGCUCUCGCGCGCAAAUACUCCUCCUCCACCAACCUCGAGCAGAGUCGGCUCCGCAUACGUCCGCCAGAACACCAAGAGUCAACAGAAGAAGUUGCGUCAAGAAAAGGCCCGUCAGGCGACCGAAGAGAUCUUGACCAAGGACGUUCAAACCAUCGUGGAGCCCAUCCAGGAGGCAAUUACCAGUCGCAAGAAGAAGUCCAAGAGCGCCAAGCCUGCGACACCUGCUGCAGCCACGCCUACUGCAGUCACACCUGUUCCCUCGCGUCCCGCCUCUCCCAAGAUGAAGGCCAAGCCCGAGGAACCACCAAAGGUAGAGAAGCCCGCCACGCCCGUCAAGGUCGAGACUCCUCCCCCUCCUCCACCUGCUCCCGUCACUCCGGUCAAAGCCCCUACACCGCCACCACCAGCAGCGCUGACUCCUGCCUCUCUCAUUGCAGAACUGCGCAGCGAACAUGGCUCUCUAGCCGGCGCUUUCGACGCUUUCUUUCGCCCUUUCGCUCAAACCGUUGCCCACUACAAGCCUACUCAGCAACCAACCUCCGCCGACUUGACCCCCGAAAACGCAAUCCCACCUCACCAGCCUGAGCUUCAGAAGGAGGACAUCGAUGUCUUGCUCUCGGGAAACGCUUGGCGUCCCAUGACCGAUGAGCAACAGCGUCUCUGGGAGCGUCUCGUCAUCUCACCUAGCGGAACCAUCAUUCGUCACAUGGAGCCUCAGCUCGAGGAACGUUUCUUGGCUAUGGAAGCCAUGAACCGCCAGCUGCCAGAGAACCUAAGGUUCCAUCCCAUCCAGCACAGCAACACUCCUACUGAUGUCGACUUCCCCGCUGUGGAUAUCAACGUCCUGCGCCGCGAGUUCGAGGGUGCGUCCAACGGCAAUCGCCACCGUAGCGCUAAUGCAAUGGAGAAGGCUGUCGAGGAGGGCAGCAAGAAGGGCAGUUUCCUGGUUGACACCGCCGGCAAGUAUGUCAACGAGUUCAUAAUGCCUCCUGUCCCUCUCAGCCCUCCCAGCGAGAAGACUGUCAAGGAGGAGCAGCAGAGAGACAAGAACCACAUCGUCAGCGUCGAGGACCUGGAACGCCGACUCACCGAAGCCAGACGUUUCGCCGACGAUAAGGAAGCUGGCUUGCGCCGUCUGGUCAAGAGAAACAGAAAGGUCAUUGGCCUGACUCACUGA